AUGAACUGGCAACCAAGCAAGUGUCUCGAGGAUCCUCAGGAAUACCAACGGAAAUAUGUCUCUGCCAACAGUGAUGCCAUGGCAGGCCACCAUGGCAAAUUUGCGCUCAUUAUUCUGAAUCAGCCCAUCCUCAUUCACCGCACCCUCUUCAACAACGUCUGGCAAAAUGCUACGUACCGAUUCUGCGCAGACGGUGGGGCCAACCGGUUAUACGAUCUGCUGAAGACCGACGAGGAGCGCUCAAAGUACCUUCCCGACUACAUCCGAGGCGAUCUGGAUUCGCUACGCGACUCUGUCAAGAACUACUACCAAUCCCAGGGAGUGCCGGUGGAACGCGACGAUAGCGAAUACUCGACCGAUUUCAUGAAGUGCGUAGAACUCGUCCGCGCCCGUGACCCCUCACCACCAUCAUUAACAACAACAGCAGGAUCAACAGCACCAGCAAUAACCUCAGAAGCAUCAGAUCACAGAACCCUGGAGGAACGUCAGGCGAGCAAUCUCGGGAUCGUCGCCUUGGGAGGUACAGGCGGUCGAUUCGAUCAGUCCAUGUCGAGUAUCCACCACCUCUACAUCCUCAACCAGGAACGGCAUGCUACCUUGGUCUCGGACGAGAGUCUUGUUGUCGUCCUUGGCGCUGGAACGCAUGAGAUUACCUGUAACUUAGACGUCGAAGGCCCAACUUGCGGGAUCAUCCCUGUCGGAUCUACCGAGGCCAUUCUAACAACUACCGGCCUCAAAUGGGACGUCGAGGACUGGAAGACAAGUUUCGGCACACAGAUCAGUACCUCCAACGCACUGGUCGGACCCAAGGUCACCAUCAAGACUAAUGCCCCCGUUGUCUGGACAACCGAGUUGAGAUUCGAGGAGAAAUAA